AUGAGCGCGCCACCGCCCACCGUCGCCCCUCCGACGGGCACCUUCCACCUCGAUGUCGAGGCCAUAUCAGGAAUUUGCGGCUCGGUGUCCAUUGCCUGCUGGGUUGUCGUGUUCUCACCGCAGAUCAUCCAGCAGUUCCAGCAAGGCAAUGCCGACGGCCUCUCCAUACAGUUCAUCAUCAUCUGGCUGCUGGGCGAUGUCUUUAACAUUCUCGGCGCCGUGCUGCAGGGCGUCCUUCCCACCAUGAUCAUCCUGGCUGUCUAUUACACGAUAGCCGACAUUGUCCUGCUGGCCCAGUGCUUCUACUACCGGGGCUUCACCUGGCGCGACGAGCUGACGCCGCCACCGAAGACGGCUGCCAACAACGUCGGCGAGCCGACCGAACGCACCUCGUUGCUGCCGCAUCAACAUGAGCAGCACCACGAGCACCACGAGCACCACCACCCAUACAACCCCGACUACUACCACCACCAUCACGACCGGCGCGGCUCCGACUGGACCGGCCUGUCGCCCGCCGUGCCGCAUGUGGCCGAGUCUCCCGUCCCGCCCCCGCCCCCGACUGCUCUGCAGACCAUCGCCUGGAACACGCUUGUCGUCGUCAUGGUGUGCGCCGCGGGCGUGCUGGGCUGGUUCCUCGGCGAAAAGGCCACGAGCGGCAAGGAGAAGCCUCACGACGACGCCGGCGCCUCGCUCGAGUUCAACGUCUGGGGCCAGUUCUUCGGCUAUCUGUGCGCCGUCGCGUACAUUGCUUCGCGCAUGCCCCAACUGAUCCUCAACUGGCGCCGCAAGACGACCGAGGGCCUGAGCAUGCUCUUCUUCCUCUUCGCCUGCCUCGGCAACAUCACAUACGUCCUGUCGAUCUUCGCCUACGACCCCAAGUGCCCCGGCGGCACGUGCGAACCCGGCGAGGCAAGCCGCAUCUACGGACGGUACAUCCUGGUCAACCUGAGCUGGCUGGCUGGCAGCCUCGUCACCCUGCUCAUGGACAUUGGCGUCUUUGUGCAAUACUUUAUCUAUCAGACGGAGGAGGAGGAGGAGUUGUCGCGGGACGUGUUUGAGGAGACGGCGUGGCCAGUCUCGAGGCGUGGCUCUGAGGAGCAGCAGCAGUGGGAUAACCGUCCCUUGCUUCAGCGCGGCGACUCGGGCAUGUGA